CAGCAGGAAACCCAUGAUUUCCUGACACACAGCAAGCUGGAGAAAGAAAGGAAAAACUCCAUUAAAAACCUCCAGGCUCUCCUCCAUGUUAGAAAUGAAAUGGAAAAUGGAGUGGAUUUAACAGGAAUCCCCGAUUCCUGCGGCCAAGCUAGAGGAAGGGAGACGUGAAGCAAAGCCGCAGGCUGCUGAUAUCUUUUUAAGUCGCAAUAAAUACUGAGAACUCCGGGGCAGGAUGAGGAUUUCCUGACUCGGACGAACGAGAAAGGACAGAUCACUUUUUUUAUGAUACUUCUCUCUGUAUAUUUAAUUUAUUCACCUUGAUGAUUCUCUUGCCUGGUCUGGCAAUUGUUAGAAGAGGCUGUGACAGCCUGGAAACAUUAGUAUGAUUUCCUGAGUUUGAGAUUUGCUGCCCCCCCCCUCCAAACUCAGGAAAAGUCAAUACAAUCGCACUUCAUUUUUCCUUCAUGUGCACUUGGAAGUCCCGGGAGCAGCAAGAGGAGCGGCGGCAGCAGCAAGAAUGAACUGCAAGGAAGAUGACAACUGCACUGAUGGGAGCAGCAAUAACACAAAGAAGAUGUUAAAAUGCGUGGUGGUUGGGGACGGUGCAGUCGGGAAAACUUGUUUGCUGAUGAGUUAUGCCAAUGAUGCCUUCCCAGAGGAGUAUGUCCCCACUGUGUUUGACCACUAUGCAGUAACUGUGACUGUGGGAGGACAACAACACUUGCUGGGACUUUACGACACUGCAGGGCAGGAGGACUACAACCAGCUGAGACCCCUGUCCUACCCCAACACGGACGUGUUCUUGAUCUGCUUCUCAGUGGUGAACCCCGCGUCGUACCACAACGUCCAGGAGGAGUGGGUGCCCGAGCUGAAGGUCUGCAUGCCCAACGUGCCUUACGUCCUCAUAGGAACACAGAUUGAUCUCCGGGAUGAUCCCAAAACUUUGGCUCGGCUGCUUUACAUGAAGGAGAAACCACUCACCUACGAGCAUGGAGUGAAGCUAGCAAAGGAGAUUGGAGCACAGUGCUAUCUGGAGUGCUCAGCCCUCACGCAGAAAGGCCUUAAGACUGUCUUCGACGAGGCAAUCCUGACCAUUUUCCACCCCAAGAAGAAGAAGAAGCGUUGUGCAAAGUGCCACAGCUGCUGCACCCUUGUGUGAAGUCACUUGGAAAGAAAAGCGAGACAAGUUCCAUGAAACCAAGCAGGUUAGAAAGGCAAUGAAGGUCACACGCAACUGAAAUGGGGAACAUGACCAGAAAGGGGUCCUUCUUACCCACAUAUAGGAGCCCUCCGUUCUGUGAAACCUCCAAGCUGUAUCACACUAGGCCAACCGGUGUCUAUGUGCUUUCCUAACCCUCCAGAGUUGUGUGCAGCCUGUCCCCACCACUGCAGACUGCACCGAGCCAACAGAAACCAGGAUGCCUGCUCAUUCUUGACUCUUCACCUUAGGAAUAAGGUGAAGGCAGCGUGGAAAAACAAAGAACUAAAGGUGGUAGAAGAAACAAGAGAAACUCUAUUUGUGGCCUUAAGCAGUAAUUGAUCAAAAUUAGGAAUUUUCAGUACUUAGGAAUUGAAUCUGAAUUGACUGAAAGCACAUGGAGACCUGUAGAAAUCUAAUAUGUAAGAUAUACACUAUAGGUAGGAUGUACUUUUAAAUUACUUUUCCUCUAUAAGACUCGCUAGUUCAGGAUGUACUUUAGUUUGUUCAAAGCACAUAGAAGCAAAGGUGGAAUGAUUCCAGUUUGUUUUCACUUAAUGGUGAAACUUCACAGUUUCAGAAUGUUGCUGUACCCAAGCUAUCAAGAUGGAUCAACGUUUACCUCCAGACUUAAGGAAUGUUCUUACAACAAAAAAAUGCAAAUAACUGUAUUUUUACAGGGCAAUGUUCAGGCUGAGCCAUGUUUCCAUAAGCUGGGAAAGGAAGAAGAGUUGUAGCAUUAAUACAAAGAAGUUCUGCUACCAAAGAAUAUUGCCCUAGACAUGAAAUAGCCACAUGGAACAAUCUCCCAUCCAAACUGAGAACAUGAACGAGACACAUUGCCAUGGCAACUGAAAACUUACCUUAUAGAUCAGCUGGAUUUCUACAUCUCACCCAGCAGACAAAAAUAGCAAAGAAAAAAAAAAAAAACAAAGGUCGCACUGACUUCAGCUGCUUGAAGAUGAUCUAGCUGCCUUAAGAUUAUUUUUUUUUUAAAUGGAGUAUCUCAUGUAAAAACCCUCAUCAAAGUGGAGCUGUAAACAUUGAUUUAUUGUAGCCUCCCUCCCAUUCAUUACGUCUUUGCUCCCAUUUUUCCAGCUUCAUUGCUGUGAGCGCUGUUUAAGUUGCAGCGUGGCUGCACUCCUCAGGAAGGAACUUUCAUACAAGUCACAGAUGAUGGGCUGCAGCCGGCAGCGCGGAGAUGGGAUGUCCAAGCCCUCAAGGGAAGGGAAGGGAAGGAAAGCUGCCUGUUAGCUCGCUCUGUGUUGAAGAAAAUGUGUGCCUUUCCACUAGAGCCUCUCCAGGGAGCCUCUGCUUUUGCACAUCACAGCAACACAGGCGCCCAGAGAUGAACUCGCAGGGCGCCUUGUUCCUUGCAUUUGCCUUUGGGUACGCUGGCGAUGCCAUGAGACUACCUUGGUAUGGAUUUCAUUCCUCAAGCAGAGAAUCAAGUGCCAGCAAAUACAGAUUUAAAGACUUCUGAUGUAACUCCUCACAAAAGCAGUGCCUGCAGUUGGUGUUUCCGAAGCCCUGGGAGUAAGGAAGUAACAGCAGUGCACCCUCCCAGCCCAGGGGCAUGUGCCCUGUGUCCCCCCACACCCCUGCCAGGGGGCUGCCAGCCCACUCCUCUCCAGAAGCCUGGCUGAGUACACACACAUGCAACCAGGAAGACUCAUAAUUAGUGGUGAAUUACAGAGCCAAUAGUACCCAGAGCAAGCAGCGACUUCAGCAGGGCUAUAGGAACGGCAGCCUUGGCACAGAGAAGGGAACAAGCACGACGCAGUGCCCAAACCUGCAGUCACUAAGGCUUUCAGGAUCCGAGCUCCUCCUUCAGCACAAAUUCAAUUUACCAUGGACACCUACAGAAACCAGCUCUGAAACCCCAAAACUUUUCCAGGUAGAAAUCAACCAUUCCCUCUGAAAAAGCCAUCGAAUUUGAGGCAAACUCUGUUGCUGUUACCCACCCAGCUCUCACUCACCAGCCCUGCCCAGCUGCACGCAAGCGUGGAUGAAAACAAAGCUGUGCUAGAUCCAAGACAGAUAAAAGAAAGAUUUCCUCACUGCUGCCAUUCUUUGUGCAUGUUUUAUAUUUGGGUUUAUGAAGUCCCAGACCUUUGCUUCAAAUGGACUGGCUGAUACAGCACAGCUCAGAGCGAGGAGAGCGCUGAAGCCCGGUGAAGGAGUUCACGUCAUGGCAUAGAGGCUGCGUUGCCGUUCCCAGGCAGAGCAGUGAGUAUUUGCACAGCUGGGACACUGGCAAUCAGCUGAACUAGCAAGUAUAAAGAGAUAGUAGGGGAGUAUGAGGAAAACUAGGAAUCGAUUAAAUAAAUAAAUAUUUGGGUAACGUUCGUUGGCUUACAACAUGACUAGAUGUCCACUGAAACCAUGUAAGAAAAGCUUUCAACGGAUUUCAGAGAAAAUUAGAGCUUCCCUGUGCUGCUAUUUACUUCAGUGGAAAUAAAAUAGGAUGAUUACAUUGGUUUAGCUCAUGCAGGUUGCUGUAGGGCGUUAGCCUACAUACAAGCCUCUGGUUAAAGUAAGUGAAGUCUGUUUCAGCUGAAGCGCAAUGCAAACACUCAGGUUGGAGCUGCCAGAUAUUCUUGGAGCUUCACAAAAUACAGAGGAAAUAGAAAUCCAGACUGACAGCUGAGCUGAUCACAAAAUAAUGAGCACACUGGAAAAGGGCAAUAUAGCAUUCCCAGCAUGCACCAGGGAAAGCCACAAAUAAUCAAAUGCUAUUUUUGCAUGCCACCAAGUAUCGGGAUGUCUAUUAAUACUAAUGGGAUGGUAUAGGAUAGGCAUAUAAAAUCAAAAAUUAAAUAGGAAGUCGUAGCAAUAACAUAACUGCAGUGGUCUGAGGAAAAUUCACUAAAUACAUACGGUGAUGUAGAAGCUAAAAUGCUAGACUCGACAUAUUAAACUGCAGCACCCUGCACAAAUCAUUGCAUAGCAGUGAAGGCAGAUAGGAAAGUAUUAAUAUGCAUACAAAAAAUGUUAAGACCAACCAGGGUUCUCUUUGCACUUACAAAACCAAGCACAUCAAGUUUGUGAGGCAGUAAAAUUUCAAGUUUUUCAAGCUGAUUCAAGGCCAGGUUGGACAGGGUUUUGAACAACCUCGUCUAGUGGAAGGUGUCCCUGCACAUGGCAGGGGGGUUGGAACUAGGUGAUCUUUACGGUCCCUUCCAACCCAAACUAUUCAGUGAUUCUAGGAUUGUGACCAAAAUUUGGUAUUAUGGGGAAGGAGGCUGGUUACAAUCCACUGAGAAACACCCUCCGCACUCCAUUUAUUUUCAAUUUUCUCUUCCAACAAAAAUAAGUGUUUUAAAAAUAGCCAUGGUUAAUGCAGUGUUAGGUUAUGUACACACACUUACCCAUGCAAUGUGGCACUUACUCAAGGAUCUGCCCUGUUGCACUAUUAUUUUGGGGAGGCAGGAGUAGCACAGGCCACCAGGCUCUAGAAAGGGAUUGCAGGCAGAUGUAAGGAGACUUACUGACUAUCUGGCAAGUCAUACUUAAUACCUGUUCUAAAAGCCAACAGAUGGUGUGUGAACAGGCAGCAAAGCUCAUUUUCAGAAAUAUCAAAGCACCAGACAUAGUGCAAGCAGCGGCAUAAGGCAACAGAUAGAAACUUCAAGUUAUUUUCAAACACCAUUAGUAACAAGAAGAGAAAAUCAAUAUAUGAUUGUCAGGUGAAAGGAGAUGGGUAUUCUCACUGUAGGAUGAGCUAGAAUUCGGCUCCCAAUUUCACCUUCAAAGGAACACAGGAGAGUUAUAAAGGCUAUAAACCACCCCUGGAAUCUAUUUUAACAAUGGCCUCUUAAUGCAGCCGAUGUCAAAACCUUUCCUGACAGACCUGCUUUUGCUAAUAGUCUGUUACCAUUUCAAAAGCACUCACAACUUACAAGAAAUCUGCUAGAUCCUGUAAAACCCAUCUCCUUUGGCCUCUUCUGGAACCUUAAUGUUCUACCAGGAGUUGUUUGUUAACCUGAAGUUGUAGUUUUAGAGUUCCCAAAGGGCUUUCAUGCAAGCUCCUGCAAGGAGACACUAGCGACUUUAGGUAUUGGAGAGAUAGAUCAAGACAUUAGAAAGUUUUUAUCACAUUAAAACAACCUUUUGAUGCCUCUGCCCUUCACAGCACUGCUAAAACACAAGGCCAGGGGCGCUGGGACAAUGCUGUGCUGUAUCACCACUUCCAGCAUAACCUAAAGGAGGUCCCACGAAGACUUCCACAGUUUGUCCUGUGCCUCCCAGAGCCCAGAAAACUUGGGGAGAACGCAGAAACAAGGCUUUAACCCCACACAGGUCCAUCCAGGAGCGUUUGUUCAGCUGCGUGGAAGUCCCAUGUGCUUCUGUCCUCCAGGAGUGGUGGGAAAUGAUUCUUAAGGUGGGAAACAACCUCCUGGUUGUCCUAUGUGCCACACAGGCCCAGACCUUCUCUUUCUGCCCUGCAAAUAUCUACUGUUACAGUAAUAUGUAGCUUAUGAAGAACAACCAACUACAAGUUCUUGCCUUGCAUUGCCUUGAAUCAGGCAUGAUGUGAGUCUUUCCCUCCACUUCCACAUGUGCUGGUCCUGACACAAAUCUUGCUGAUGGGAGCCACGGAAUUCACACCAAGUCCAGCAUGACAAUCAAAACAAUCAUUUCGGCAGCUGUCAUUGAUAUUUCUUACCUUCUUUCUCUUUCAAAGCACUGCUUCAGAACUAAAUAUAGUGCUGCAUCUUAAUAUGCAAUAAAGUUAGUCCAAAUAGUUGUAUUAAGGGGGCAGAUUUUGGCAGUCUUCCUCACACUGCUUCCUUCACAAGGGACUGUCUCCAACUUCCUCGUGUCUUAUUCAAUCCCUGCGAUACUACUCAUGUAAAUGAGGGAGGCUGAAUAUGCCCAUUGGUAACCAGUCCUUUUAGUUAACGUACAACAAAAUCUCUUCUAGUUGCUCUAGUAUUGGUGGCCUGUGUCCUCCAAAAAGCAAUGAUUUGCCAUUCCCCACAUGCUGUAUAAAUCACCUGGUGCCUUUGUCACGCUCAGGACCAUGAUCUGUCUGGUAUCUGCCAUUGCUAAGGAAGCAUGGUAGAGAAGAACCAAGAAAUUAGUUGGGAAAGGAGAUGAGCCUUGGGCAGGCUGCUACACAGACCAAGUAGGACUUCCCCAGAAACAGUCACUGCAAUGCAACUCUAGGCAAGUGCCUAAAAACCCACCCCAAGGGUGGGAAAAUCACUGUAGCAAACUGAGAGCAACAGGGUACAAACAUUUCACUACUGGCAGCUGUCAAGGACACAUGAGCUUCACUUCCCAUUGACAGCUAGCUGUCAAGAGCCCAUCCAAGAAAUUGUCCCAAGACUCCAGAGACUUACUUUGAGAACCCUUUACAGGAGCUUAGAAAAGUUGCAGAAGUUCUUGCAAACAAUUUCUGUUGCUGUCUCUGCUCAUCACACCCAACCUCUUGCACAGCAAGCAAUACAGUGGCUAAUUACAGCAAUGAUAUAUGUCUAGCAGAUGUAUUUUCACCAUGCAAGCUGCCGUGUCCUUAUGAAAAUGUUCCUCUAAUCCAGACAUGAAAGAUGCCCAUUUGCUUACAUAGCUUGCUUACAGUCCGUGACCUUUUCUGUAGCUUUUUUUCCCCCAAGUGGUACAGCAAAUACCUCUUCAUUCACCAUACUGAAGCUUCAUCCGGAUUAAAAAUAAAUUACAAUGGCAUCAAUCUGUCUCAAGCCAGGCUUGUUUAAAAGCACAUUUGUCUUCUCCAGCAAAACAAUCAACAUAUGUUCAUGUUGGCACAGAGACCAUUUGUUCAAUAAACAGGUAGGUUGCAGGGAUCAGGCUGCGCAUGCCUUUCUCCCUGAGGAGGAUUUGUAACAUGUUUUAUCCCGCAUAAAAAAGAAAAUCUGGAAACAACAGAACAUUUCCUUGGUUCAUAACUCUAUAGGACUGGAGGAGCAUCUGCUGUGACAGGAGGUGAGCAUGGAGCGACCUACGUCAGAUAACUUCUAGGUACAUUUAAGUUCUACAUAAAAAAGACGACAAAUCUCUACUAUAAAUGUUUGUUUUCCUCUUAGUGAAUAAAGACCCUCUGAAAGCAGGAAAAAGCCUCCCACUGAUUUUGGUGGUGGCUUGUGAUCUCAGCUGUCUUCACCUAUCAAAACAAAACACAAAUAGAAAAUCAAAAAUUUGCAUCAAAAAGUUGGGACAAAACCACUGAUUUAGGAGUAAUGAAUGCAAAAGAACAGCAUCUGCGCUUCUACUUUGGAGGAGAGGUGCAAAAUCAGGGGCCAGAGCCACAAUUGGGCAGUUUGAUCCUAAAACAGAAAUUUCAUUUUAAGAUGUUUAGAUGUCCAUAAGUAGGAUGAAAAAUUUCUUCAAAUCCUCUUUUCUUUGUCUCAGUUAAAGCUUUCAGAAACAUGUGAACAUCUGUUUUUCCUGGGCAGUUCCAGGAACCCACCAGAACGGCAAAAAGAGUCAGAACCUUAUUGUAAGAGGAAAAUGAGCUCGCAAACACAUAUAUCACGAGCAACAAGCAAAAAUCAUAUGACUUGCUGUCAAUGGUGAAAAAUCUCUUAAACUUUGAAAAGAGUUUAAAAAAAUAAUUUUGAGCAUGAUCUCCACCCCUUUCCAGAAUGUGCAGACUGUGGUGAAGUGUUUGGCUGCUGCUUCUAACUAUAAUUUUAGGAUGGGAUUUUCAAAGAUGCUGUGUGUUGGCUUCAGUUCAGUUCUCAUGAAGACAAUGGAAAAUUUCAACGGGGUUCACACAUGACCGCAGUGGAAAGUGUUUCAGAGUCUGUACGUUUCCUCCUUUUCUGCCCUUUGUUGUGGCUGAUCAAGCUUUGAGCACACAGAUACACCGAGCAAGGUCCAAGGACCUUUUACACCUUUUGGCUGCUGGUUGUGGACUCUCAAAAGAAGUCAGGCAUCUGGAGACUGCGCUGCUCUGAUCUUUAGCUUGAGCUCUGGAGACUAGAUUUGUAAUUCCUCAUUUCAGCCACUCCUGAGGCUGAAGUUGAAAAUAAUUACAUUAACAGUGUAAUAUCCAAAACAAAUGGCUAUCAUUACUGAGUUUGACACUGUACUCAUGGAUGCCACUCAAUUUCCUCUCAUCCCAUUCGGGAUGCCAGGUUUAAUUUUGCAUUUGGUUUUGCCAAAGAUCCAAUUGAGCUCUCCCUAAUAUCAAAUCUGGUGACUUUUUUACUUUGAUUGGAGGUUAAUGAAUUCAGAGUAAACAGUUGUCACCAGUCUACAGUUUCCAGAUCUUACAACACAACAAUUAUUUGUGCUGAUAACACGUAGAAAUUUUUGUCUGAUACCUGUCAAAGUAGUUUGGGUGUAAGCCAUAUCCACAGUAUGACUGUCAUACCUCCUCUCCCAACACUUUUCCCCAAAAUAGGCAGCUGCUCUAACUGCAUUACAGAACCGGCAGGCAACGAACUGCCUUGUCAGUACGGGCUAAGUGAGCCCAAACUUUCCCCAGACUUGUAAAUAUUAAUUCAUUAAUAAGCAAUAACAUAAAUUUAUGUCAGAGGGGAAAGACACUGGUAAAGUCUUCUUCACUCCUGAGCAGAUGUGACCUAAGGUAGUGAGCCCAGGCUGCCGGGUGGGACAUGCUGCAGAGCGAGGCGCAGCGUGGUGUCCAUGCUGCCCCAGCACGUACGGCGUGAGGGGAGCAGCAGGGGCUGGAGGUGCCUCGGUGGAGUCACACCAGCAUACCUGGGGCUCAGCAGCACCUUGAGACUGGGAGGGCUUCAAAGAAAGCUGCAGAGAGGAGCAGGGAGUGGAACUGAACUGUCCUCAAGUGCAAGGAUAACUGAAUCCAGUUUAACCUGUUAUGAUGGUCAAACAGCAGCAUUUCACUGUAAAGAAAUUAUCUCCUUCCCUGAGAACACAAAGACAAGAACAUUUCUUUCCUUUCUUUUGGUGUAGUAUUUCAGUAAUACUUAAAAGUAACAGCACAAGUUAUUCUAACUGGGUUUGUGAAGCACAGGUAAUGACCUCAGCACAAAUCAGGACCUAACACAUCAUCGGUCAGUUCUUAGCAAGUUAAGAAAAAAAAAGUCAUUCACUUUACUUGAUGUGAGCAACUGAAUUUUCCUCUCUUAAAGGUUGCUGUGUGCAAUAUUGCUGGAGUAUAGGGCUGAUAAAACCAAAGGAUGAAUACUAAAACAUUGUCUGACUUUUGAGUGGUAUAUCUUUUUUCAAAGAUUAACCAAAACUUCAGAAUUCACGUCAAAGCAAUAAAACUUCAAACCAAGGAAAUUCACUUUUCCAGCAAUUAUGUUUUGCAUAGUUUAAAAAUCAUGUAGACAGUAUUAGUUUCCUAUUUACAGCACAUGAUUCUGUACUCUUUUGCUUAUCCUCUCUUAAACAUGUAAUUAUUGUAUAUUGUAACUGCACAUUAAUAUCGUCUAUUGUACAUAGUUUAUUUUAACAAAAUAAAUGUAAUGCUAAGUAUUUUGACAGCAUCAUUUUGAGAAA